ACAAGAACGCCACCUGCAAUCACAUUUCUACAAACGUGUCGCCAUAUUUUUGUAAAAAUUAUUGAGGUUCAAAGUUACUCUUCGAUGAUUUCGUUUGACAUUCAUUUGAAAUUUUCAAAACAUGAUUUGAAUUUGUUAUUAUAAGAUUAAUUCAAAUACAUAUUUUUUCAGCUUAAGUGAUAAUGUUCGACAUCCGAGCGUGCAGAGCUUGCCUCUCCACCAAAGGCAAGAUGGAGAAGGUGACAGAACUAACCAAGAAGACCUUCAACUCUAUUACAGGACUUGCGAUAACUUCAGUGGACGGGUUGCCGAAUUAUUUUUGCGCGGAAUGCCACACACAUUUGAAAAAGCUGUUGGCGUUCCGAAGGCGGUGUAGGCGCGCUCAUUUUGUUCUAAAAGAAAUCCUGGCAGUUGAGAAACAUGUUACACUAAACAACAUAAUGCAGGUAAACAGAAAAAGAACGAAUUUGAAAUCACCAUAUACACGGAAUAAUAGUGAAAACAUGGCGUACUAUACAAUCGAUACGAUAACACCAGAUAUCGAUACUAUAAUCGCUUCAAUAGACAAGUACGAGCCGAAUGUGGAAGAAAUAGUGAUGACCAAAAAAGAUAUUGGCACUGGAAAAUCGAUACUACAUAUCGAUAUAGAACCAGAACAUGAUACAAGCAUCCCAAACGAAGAAACGGAAAUCCAAGACACAGAAAUGACUGAACUAGAAGUGCCAGAAGAAUUGCCAGAAACCUUAGACGAUACACCAAUGGAUUUCGAAGACAUACCGUCCCCACCAUCUCCUCCUUCGCCUACGCCCGCCGCAAAAUCAGAGGACAAGACAACAGACACGCAUAAUGAAGUUUACCACAAAGGCCACAAGAAGUAUUUAUCAAGGAAGGUAUUGGAAAUUUGCGCGAUUCUAGCGCAGACUAAAAUAAGGAUGUUAGAUGAUACGGAGCAAAAGGAGGCGUUUAAGAAGAGAAUGGAAGAGCCUUGGUUUAAAAACGCCAGGAUUAAGUGUGCACUCUGCCUUGUCGUUUACGACGAUAUAAAGCAAUUAGUGAAACACGUUAAUCAGCAUAAUCAAGAUAUACAUUUCAAGUUCAUGUGUAAAGUUUGCAAAAUAAAAUACUGCACCGAAAAGGAGUUGUGCACCCACAUAUCAGUGUCGCAUUUGUAUGAAUAUAAAUGUAAGAAGUGCGACGCAGCGCCCAUGUAUGAUUUGAACGUAUUAAUUCAACAUCACAAGAAAGAACACCCCAAACCGAUCACUGUGUACGAGUCAAGGAUGACUUGCAUAAAAAAACACUUCCACUUAAAACCUUGCACGAAAGAGGAAACUGAGAUGAGACGGUUCCUGCCGGAAGCGGUACACCGAUGCCGGGUGUGUGAUACGCGCUUCUUGAGUAUAGGUGUGUUGCAGCAACAUUUGAAGAAGCAUGCGGCGCCGGUAUCAAAGGAGAGCCAUCAGUGUGAUAUCUGCCGUGCGCACUACAGGUCGGCUAGGAAGCUGUCUUCCCACGUAAAAUCCAUGCACAAGUAUACGUACCAUUGCAAACAGUGCCCGGUGGUCGCUAACAAUCUUUUGGAAGCAGAGUUCCAUAUGGAAACCCACAAUUCAAAUUUCUUGUGUGAAUUUUGCGAUAAGCAAUUCAGAGCAGAUUCCAUGUUGAGAAAGCACAGGUACUCGGCACACUACACCAAGACGCACAACUACCACUGCAACUUAUGCGGGGAAUCUUUACCCGAAGAGGAGUUAUUGUACCAACACCAGCUGUCCACGCAUGAGACUAUUAGCAUAGACAACCCGUUCGAAGGUGACAGUGAACAUUAUUGUAAAAUCUGCUCGUUCCAAUUCCUGUCGAAGAGGGCGUAUGAAAUGCACGUGCUCAAACAUGAACAUGGCGACGUCGCUAGCACUUUACAAAACGCGUGCAACCCUUGCAAGAUGCUGUUCGACUCGCCCGAGGAGCUCGAAAUUCAUGUACGGUUCGAUUGCAAGAGCACCAAGUGUAAAAUCAAUUGUGCUUAUUGCGCCUUGGAGUUCGAGAGCAGCCGCGAGUACCACUUGCAUCACAAACGGGAGCAUCCCAAGGAACUCUACCGGCCGUUCAACGUCAAACUGUGCGAUCAGUGCGGGCAGACGGUGGCGGAUCUGAACGAGCACAAGCGUCGCCACACGUCUAUGGCAGUUGCGCAGGAGUCGCUCGAGUGCGCGCUGUGCUACCCGACGCGCACGUUCGGCGACACGCGGCGGUUCGCGUCGCACGUGGUGCGCGUGCACACGCGCCGCCCGUACGUGUGCGCGCUGUGUGACGUCACGUUCAAGUGGUCCUCCGAGUGCAGAGAUCAUAUACUGAAGGUCCACGCCCCGGAACAACCUUACCAAUGUGAUUUCUGUUCAAAAUUAUUCUCGCACGGCGAGUUCCUGAAAGAGCACGCAAUGAAUGUACAUAAAAUAUCAAUGGCGGCGCCUCGGGUCGACGGCAAAUUCACCUUCACACUAUACGUCUACCCACAAAUGAAGUUAAACGUCAGCUUACUAAGCAAAGAUGUAUUGGCCAAGAUCACGAUAGAGUUGUGGGACUAUCUCCACGAAAAGAAGGAGGUACUUCAAGACUUCAGUGACUAUGUGAUAGUAGACAAACCGGAGAUGGGCCUGAAAGGGGCAUUAAAGAAGAAGAAGAAAGCUAAGAAGAAGGAAGAGGUAAAAGUGACAGAAGUAGUGGAGUGUUUGGAUAAUUUGGAGGUUAUUGAACAAGAUGGGGAGCAGUUUGUGAAUAUUGGUGGUGUUUUGUACAGAGUGGAGUAUGGGGAGUGAUAAGACUUCAAUUAUUAACAGCCAUUGAUUAUUCUAGACACGAACGUCUAUAUAAAUUUGUUAAAAAUCUGUACUUAAAACAAGCAAAACGACACUGUUAUAACCUAAUUCACUUGAACAACAGUAAUUUAUUCAAAAUCUGAACUGAAAUGGCAAACAAAACGUCACUGUUAUAACCUAAUUCAUUUGAACAAAAAAUAAUUUUAAAACAGAAAAGGUACGAAAUACAGGCAUGUGACGUCAGCGGGCAUUAUUUUGCUUGCAAAAGAAAGAGAUGGAGCGAUAUCUCCACUCCACGCCCACUCGCACGUAGCAAUAUUUGAAAUUUGAAUUACUGUCUCAUUUCUUUGUUUUCAUAAGAUUUCUUUUUGUACUAAUUGCUGUUACAUAUUAAAAAUGGACAAAAUCAAAUAUUGUCAAAUACCCUUUGCACUAGUUGUGAUCGCGGCUUGGCCUGCGUAUAAAAAAAUACCAAAUAAUGAUAUUUCAGCUGUGAGCUAAUAUAAUUAGAUUUACUAUAUUGGCGUGCUAAGCGAAAAAGCGGUAUUUCAGGGAAACCUUAUUUCGAGAUAAUCAAAGUUUUGUAAAUAUAGUUUUGUAUGUAAAACUGAGAUAGAGAAACUCUAAGAUUUUUAACAAGUUCUAAACAAGAUACCGGUAUUUAGAUAAGUUCAUUGGAUGGGUAUUUCUUUAAGCUAUCUGACGACAAAAAUCAAGAUUUUGAUUUUUUGAUAUACCGCUUUUGAGCUUAGAAUGGCAGUAUUGAAAUGAAAUAAAAUGAAUUAUUGUAAAACAAGGGUUUAAUAAACUCUACCAUUUAUUAUAAUAUUAUGUGUGACCUUCUUGUUUGGAUCAAGGAUAAUUUCAAUUUGUUCUAAUGAUUCUUCUUUUUCUAAUUUCUCGUUGUCCAUAGCUCGCGUCAGUCUGUCAAUAACUCUGUCAGUUAGUUUAUCAGUCAGAUCGUCAAUAAUUCCUGACGUUGAUAUGUUUUUAAUUAUAUCGUCUAAAUUGAUUUGUUUGUUGUUAAUUCUCUGUGGAAUAAAAAUAUUCAAAUUAA